UGAACCGAGAAAACUUCGCACGCUUGUUGCAGCCAUGUUGACCUCGACGAUAUGAUUUUUCAUUUUUAUGUCGAUUUUUAAAAUUAAUUCCUAGCAAAAAAGAAACUAUGCCAAAGUGCGAUAUGAAGACAAGAUACAUACCUGCCACAUUUGCUUGGGCGAUUUUAUUAGGCGCUACCACACUUUUUUUCUACUUUCCCGCUCAGUACUACAUCUUUCGUUAUCCAUGGGUGCCCGCAUAUCAAGGAGUGAUCACCUUUUUCGUUUUAGCAAAUUUUACGUUGGCAACGUUCAUGGAUCCCGGAGUAAUACCGAAAGCUCCGCCCGACGAAGAUCGUGAGGACGACUUUAGGGCACCGCUACACAAGCAGGUCGAUAUUAACGGCAUCACGGUGCGAAUGAAGUGGUGCGUUACGUGUAAAUUUUAUCGUCCGCCUCGAUGCUCGCACUGUAGCGUCUGUAAUCAUUGCAUUGAGACCUUCGACCAUCACUGCCCGUGGGUGAACAACUGCAUCGGGCGAAGAAAUUACAGAUUUUUCUUUUUCUUUUUGAUCUCGCUUAGCGUACACAUGGUCAGCAUCUUUACUUUAAGUUUGAUAUUCGUUUUGCACAGCAAAGAUAAGCUGGCCGAAUUGGAACCGAUUAUUGCUAUGGUCCUAAUGGGACUGGUAAUGUUACUCGCGAUUCCGAUACUCGGACUCACGGGCUUCCAUGUCGUUUUAGUUUCUCGAGGUCGCACGACGAACGAACAAGUUACGGGUAAAUUUCGAGGCGGUUACAACCCGUUCUCGCGCGGUUGUUGGGAGAAUUGCUGCUAUACGCAGUGCGGACCUCAGUUUCCCAGUUUGAUUAAACCGAGUAAAUACAACGUUAAACGAAAGCACUGCUCGCACGGUCCAAUCGCUACAAUUACGAACGACAAUCAGGUUAAGACGUACAUGGAUAAUAGUAAUGGUAUUCGAAAUAUUAAUUCAAACGCUUAUAAUAAGUUAUCACCAGGACGAGAUGGUUCCGAUCCGGAUAUGGAACCGACUGCGUCUCAAUCACAAGACUGCGAACCAACACCACCUUUGCAACGACACGGUUCUAAAAGCAAUUUCUUCUUACCUCCAGUAGAAGGGGAAUCGCCUAGACAUCCCCGCCACUAUCCUAGAUGUAGCCCGCAUCCGAGACCGCGCGGAUUAGAUCCGACUCGGAGCGGUACCCCCGAAAGCCUUACCACGCAGAGACCUUCCCCCACGAUGCAGCAGCGCAUUAAGGCGCUCGGUGUGCCAACUCCGCUCGCGCUCUCCAGUCCCGUAAGGAGAUCUAACCCGAGCACUCCCACGCAGCCCCGUCGGCCAGACUUCAUCGGUGUAGCCGCGACCAAUCACCAGCCGAAUCCGUACUACGAAUUCCAAAAUCAGUCCAAUCAGGUACAACGCCAGAUGGCGUCGCAGGGUUACGGCAGCCCGCAGAGGCGAUUCAUGUCCGAGGGCGAGCUGGUGAGGCAGGAGGCCCAGCUGUCGUAUCCGCGCUCGAAUAAUACCGUCGACAACAUCAGGGAGUUGGCGAACUCUCCGCAGCGCGGCGUGUACAUGUGGAAGGACACGUCGCCCGGCUAUCCCCCGCCCGCUCAAACGCAAGACUUUUACCGAUCGAAUCCCACCAGUCCCACACAGCAGGUUACUUACACCGCGCCUAGAUCAUAUCAUCCAGCAAUAAGAGGCGGCGUAUCAGUUUAUCCGCCUCAAAGUCCGCAGGUGCACCGUAAGACGCAGUUAGGCGCCGGAACCGCGACAGUGCCUGACAAUAGGAGACGUCCGAUGUCGUUCGUGAGGGCGCUGGAAAUGUCCGAUACCGUGGACGUGACGGGACCGACGUCCCAAUGCACGGGACACUUACCCGGACGCCCGUCGACGCCCGAUCGCGCUAGUGUAUAUGAUAUGAACUACGAAAUAUCCGUAUAGGGUCGGUGCUGGCACUCUCGCAUUGCCGAAUGAGUGCGUUUCGUUUCUCUGCAUCAGAGACCAGAGAUAUAGUUUAAUAACAUUCCGUGUCGAUUGUUCGUCAACAGUUACACGGACCCUGAACGAUUUAUAAAACUGUGUGUAUAUUCUACAUGUUAUUUGUUGUAUACCUUUUAAUGUUUCAAAUUUUGUAUUUUACUCUCAAACCCCCCGGUGUGAAUGUUGACGCAUUUAAAUUACGCAGCUUCAGUUGUUUUUGUAAUCAUCGUCGAUUCAUUUUUAACCUUUUGACAGAAAGUCCAAACCUGAUGUAGAGUGUACUAAUCGAUGAAUAUAUUUUGUCCUUAAAAAGAGAAAUAUUGAGUGUAAACGAUUUAAUAAUUCUAUAACGGUGUAAGAUCUAAAUAUAUAAUGAUUUAGUUA